GGCGCGGUGCUUCGAGCCGCUGCGACUGGACGGCAGUGUGGUGGCUGGGGCGGCCGGCACGGCCAAGCGCUCCGCCAAGCUGGCCCGCACCAAGCAGUGGCUCAAGCUGCACAGCGAGUCCGGCCAGCACCAGCCUCCGGACAGCUGCGACGCGAGCGGCGAGUACACCGAGGACUCGUCUGACGAGGACCGCGCCUCGCUCUCCUCCGAGGACGUGCACAACUGCAGCGUGGCGACGUACCGCGAGGUGACGACGGCGUGCUCGCACUCGUCCGUGUCCGGCUCCAACGAGGCCAUCCUGGACCAGGACACGCCCGGCAGCGAGCGGGCGCCGCGGCUGCCGUUCGGGCUGGGCAUGGGCCACUCGGACUCGGGGUCGUCGGCCAAGGUGAUCCUGCGCAACAAGCGGCGCGGCUUGCUGACGGGCGACCGGCCCUGGAGCGUGUCGGGGCUGCCGCAGCUCAUGGCCAUGUCCGUGGGGUCGCUGCCGACGGGCGUGGCGGCGGGCGAGCUGUCGCAGUUCUCCAUCUCCGAGUCGGCGCUGCACCAGCUGGCCUCGCCGGCGGCGUCCACGCCCGGCAAGGCGGAGGGGCUGGCCGAGAUGAUGGCCUCCUCGUCCACCGUCGAGGAGUCCGUCGCGCACACCACGUGCGCGGGCUCCAGCUCGGGCGCCGGCUCGCUGCGCAGGAGGAAGAUGCGCUCCAGGAAGCGGACGCAGUCGCGCAGGUGCGACAGCGGCUCGGACGGCGUGUACCCGUUGCCCGACUCGCCGGCGCAGAGGACGCCGUCGUCGAGGACGCCGUCGUCGCGGCUGCUGCCCUUGAAGACGAGCAGCCCGCUGUCGUCGCCCGGCAAGCAGCAGGCCGGCGGCAUCGUCAAGUCGGGGUCGUUCUCGGCGACCCCGCCUCGCACCGCCGGUCCGCGCGCGUCGUGA